CUUAAUCUCACCAAACCUGGUGUAAAUUACCGUUUGGCAUAAAAAAUGCCGAAAACCGUUGGCGAUACAUUAAUUGGUGUCCUUUAUGACUUGGGAAUGACUAAACUGAAGUGGUUCAGACAUAAACUCUGUGAACGCAAGCAGGAGCCAAAAAUUCGCAGGGGAAAUGUUGAAAAUUUGGACCCAAUAGACUUAGCAGACCUUCUGACCCGUACUUUCAGUGAAGACGGGGCUUUGGAUGUGGCUAUAGAGGUAUUGAGGGCAAUUGACUGCCAUGAUGGCGCAAAGGAACUGACGGAUUUCAAGAAAGCUCAAGAAUCUUGGGUAACAUCGGGUGCUGCUAAUGGAAGUGCACCUGGACCAAAUAACAUGAUCAAAGACAAACACUUUGUGGACUAUCACCGAACGGCCCUGAUCGACAGAGUGAGCCAGGUGGCACCCAUCUUGGAUAGGCUCCUGGAGAAGGGAGUCAUCACCACAAAUGCCUACAGUGACGUGAGGGCUGAGAAAACCAGACAGAACAGGAUGAGGGAGCUCUUAGAUGUCCCUCUGAAAGCAUCUGGGUCCAAAGGCAAAGAUGUGUUCUUAGAUAUCCUGAUGGAACAGGAGCCAUACCUAAUCAGUGAACUGAAGGGGGAAUAAUGGGGAUAAGGGCCACUUUAUUUGAUUUUUUUAGGGCAAGGGACAAACAUUUGAUGAUAAUAAUGCACUCUGUUUAUAUUCUUAAAAUGGAAAAAUGAAUUCUCUCCAAAGUUUGCAAAAAAUGAAAACUAAUUAUAUUGACCGCUGUUUUUUUCUUUUCAUGAGCAAAUACUGUGUCGUGAAUUCUAAUCAUCUAGCUGUUUGGAACUCAACAAUAGAAAACGUACGAAUACAUGUAGUAACAUUGUGUUAUGUAGCCUAUACAAAUGAGUGCAUCUCAUGCUUUGGCUACGUAGUUUCUUAAACAUAAACAAGCAUAUGGCCAUUUGAAUGUAAAUGUCUGCUUAACUUAAGAGAGCCAUUGAUAGCCUGGUCUCAGAUCUGUUUGUCUUGUCAAUUAGUUGUCAUUGUCGGCAUGACAAGGAGCGGCAAGGACUGGCAUGAUGGCACAAACAGACUGAUAACCAAGAGUGUAUUUUUUAGUUGCAUUAGAGUUUCCAUUGGACACAUUCAGGUAUGUCCCUCCGUUUUGUUCCGCCUGCUUAUGUUUGAAUCAGUUUCUUCUGUUUGGUUUCGUUUGGUUCCUAGUUAAUGAAUACAUGCUACCAUCCAUAUAUGGCUGUCUAUAGAAGUAGGUGGGACAAUCAUCUUGCAAAUGCCGCGCUCACGUGCUAAUCGGAACUAGGAAACUGGCAUUUCCGACUAGCUAACUGGUUGUAGUUAUUCACAU